AGUUCGCCUUUAAGUUAAACGACGCGAUGUGUCUGUAUCUACUCGCCAGGAUGUUAUAGAGAAUAGCUGCGUUGCUGAUCAUAUUCAUUUCAUGCAUUUCGGGCAUACACAGCAUCAAUUCGGGUCACGGGUUCCGCGUUGUAUCAGUGGCGUCCAUGCAGCAAGCCCUCUUCCUGCGAUGUUUCACGUUCCCGCCAACUUUGUGCGCUUCACGGUUAUCAUCAGUGUCCAGAUGGUUAUCCUGGUAUUUGGAUACGGAUUCCUUGGUGCAGUUGCCUAUCUUCAGUACCUUGCUCCACCCGAUCCAAUCUGCGAGUUAAUGAGGAGCUAUCCUGGAGAAUUGACGAUGAUCGUUACAUUGAUAGCAACUGUGCUAUCAGUCACCGCUGCCACUCUUUUCACGGUUUCGGUCAAAGAGGCACUAAGACAUCGAAUGUGGAAGCCCAUUUCUCUAAUUCACCUGAGCACUGGUGUCGCUUUAGCACAGGGCUCUCACAUUCUGAAACAUCAAUACAUGGGAUUGACCAGCUUGACACUGUUCAUCUUUGGGAUGCUGAGGCUCUUGACGGCCGGGUGGACAACUCUCUUGACGCCGACCUACUUCAUGUGGCCAGUACAGUUGAAUGGAUCCGAACUUGACAUAACUGGAAGCGCGUUUGCCGCCUUGCUCCGCGAAGAAUUCCUAGCAAAUGGUCUCACUGACAUCCAGGACAAUGCUUUCGAAAUUCUCGACAUCGGUGCAAUGCUCAGUGGAGCUGCUGCCGCAGGGUAUACCUUUGGGAUUCCCAGGACAUUCAAUUUCAAUGGGGCAAAAUAUAACGUAUCUACUCAGGGGAUUGUGCCCACCAUCGAGGAUUAUUCCGGCUCGGAUGGAGUUCCAGGUGCCAACGGUACUCGUCUUGGAUUUGCUGGUGGAAAUGUCACGGUCAACACAGGACUCGCACCCAGAUCACACCCCAGCGUCCCUAUUCCUCAAGGCUUCAGCAGGAACUAUUCCAUGUCGCAACAAGGGUUAACGGCCAACGUCAGCUGCCGGCCCAUUGACUCAAAUCAAACGCAGUACCUUUGGGACACGAACAACUCUUACGUCAUCUAUGCCAACGCAGCUGCUUCGAGUUCGAACAACUCCAUCACCAGUCUCCGCUUGUGGAAUAUCGCUGCAAAUUGUGGUACCAAUACGCUGACAACGUACGAAUAUGUGACCAUGGUGGAUGCAAGUGGACAUACGAGCUCAUCAGGGAGUGGCUUUCUUCCAUCUGUUGUGUGCCCAGGACCAACGAAUAUGAACCAAACUUAUACAAGCUUUUCCAUUCUUACGCAAGGGUUUUACAAGUAUGGGUUCCUUCAAGCCAGCGUGUGCGAAGUGGUUCCCCUGUUGACCACAGUCCGCGCCGAUUAUUCUGAUGAAGAAAUUUCUGUCGAGGUCAUAUCAUCCACUCCUUUCCAGCCAGAGAAUGCCGCGCUACUGUCGUUUAUCGCUUCAGUUGCCAAGUUUCAGUCGGUCUACUCGCAGGGACUUACGAGCAGCACGAUUGGGGACACCUUGUACACCAUCUAUUCCUCGACCACUAACGGGUCCAUCGAUGACAAUCUCAACGACACACAGCUUUACUUUGAGCUCGAGGAUUACUGGCGUGGUGUUGUUGAAUUUUCCGCCACUUUCCUUCGCUCUGGGUUUAUGGCCACGGGUAGCUUCCCGAAUAAUGAAAUCCCGAACAACCUCUCUUCCCAAGUCACUGGGAUCAUGUUCGUAUCGACGAUAGGCUGGAUUCGCUGGGCUAAGAAUUCGCCGACAUAUCUGCUCGCUACACUUCCGCUUACCAUUAUCACCAGCCUCACUUUUUUCUCCGCGUUGUACAGUAUUCUGGAGGCUUGGAAAGAGCAUCAUGGAUAUCGCGGUCACCACAGGGCCCACUUCGACGUGUCAAACACUCUUCAUCUCAUUAUGGCAUGCGCUGCUGGGAGUCUCGCGCUCGAAGAUUUCGGCAAGGGAGGGAUCGUCAACAACGAGAGCGUGAAGGUGCAGCUGGAGGAGAAUGGUGACAAGAAGAUGUUUGUGAUACCCGGUCAACCGCAUUCACCAGUGUCGAAGGAGUCCGCAUGAUUUUGGGUACCAUUGCGCCAUGGCAGUUGACGUCUUUUCUUACUCGUACAUUCAUUUUUACUCAUACACUCAUUCUUACUCCUGUCUACGUCACAUAGGGCACUUAACUGAGGGAGGUAAAUGCAAGGCUGAC